AUGGCUGAUAAGAUGGACCGUGGCCUUGACGAGAUCAUCGCCGAAACUCGCAGCAAUCGGCCUCGCAACCAACGCGGCCAGGGUCGCCGGCGUGAGCCGCGCCAGGAUUACCCUCGCGACGGCGUCAGAAAGGUUGAUCUAUCCUCCCUCUCAUCCUCCAGUGAUGCCUCCUCGACCUCUACAACCCUCCUCGCAACUCGUCCUUCGGUGCUCGGAGCUUUUAGCAUCCCUCCCACAUACAGUCCUUCCGAGACGAAUCGCGAAACCUCGACAGGUAACAGCAGUCACACCUCUUAUCCCGUCCAGUUGCUGAUUGGAGAUAGUGAAUGGGUCCAUGACCGAUACGAAGAGAACAACGGUCGCAGAGGACCCGCUCCACGCCGACGCCGCGAGUCUCCUGACCAGGAGUCCAGAGGCUCAAAACUGAGAGUCGACAACAUCCACUAUGACCUCACCGAGGAUGACCUCGAUGAGCUCUUCCGCAGAAUUGGCCCUGUUGUUCGACUUCAAUUGCGAUAUGACCGCGCCGGACGAUCUGAGGGAACAGCCUACGUGACCUACGAGCAGAAAGAAGACGCUCAAGAGGCCGUCCGACAGUUUGAUGGCGCCAAUGCCAACGGACAACCUAUUCGAUUGACACUUCUUCCCAGUGGCCCUGCAAGAAACCCCUUCGAUACAGCUGUCAUGCCCAGUCGCCCCUUGGCAGAGCGCAUUUCAGCCCCAGGAGACAGGGCACGAUCUCAUUCACCACACCGCCGGUACGACGAGGACGAAGCAGCUCGCAAGGGAAUUGAUAGAUAUGUUCCUGGGCAAGGAGGUGAUCGGAGGAGCCCAAUGCCCCGGAGGCGCGGCCAGGGUGGUCGUCGUCCCGGAGCUCGUAGAGAGGGUGGUGGCAGAGAAGGAGGAAGGGAUCAGGAGGGAGGCCGUGGUGGGCGAGGUAACCCUCGCACCAAGAAGACGCAGGAAGAAUUGGAUGCGGAAAUGGCGGACUACUUUGGCGGAGGCAACGCGCAAACCACGGAGCCAUCCAACGGAACCGAGGCAGCCCCUGCCCAGGCUCAGGCUCAAGCUCCAGCCGCUGCAGUCGACGAUAUCGACAUGAUUGAGUAA